UUGAUGUUGCAAUGUAUACGUGAAGACAUUUGGCCAAGUUUACUUCAGUACUUGUAGCGUUUGCGCAUUGUCGCGCGUUGGUGCGCUAUCCAGUAUCAAUGGAUUCUAAAAAUAGUAAUGACGGCGGAGGUCAACUGAAUAAUGGAUUCGAUGCGGCACCAGAAAUAGGGGAUCAGUCCAAAAAUGAUAUUGAAUCUAAGAAACCACAAGGUAAAACAGGCGCUAAUCCAGAACGACCACAAUGGAAUAAUCAAUUGGAAUUUCUUAUGUCCUGCAUCGCCACUUCAGUUGGUUUAGGAAACGUGUGGCGUUUUCCAUUCGUAGCUUACCAAAAUGGUGGCGGAGCAUUUCUUAUUCCUUACAUAAUUAUCCUUCUGAUUAUUGGUAAAUCUAUGUAUUACUUGGAAACAGUGCUGGGACAAUUUAGCAGCAGUAAUUGCGUCAAAAUAUGGGCACUGUCACCAGCCAUGAAGGGUACUGGCUAUGUUCAAGCCUUAAGUGCUGUAUAUGUUCUAUCAUAUUAUGUUUCAAUCAUCGCCUUAUGUUUCUUCUAUUUGGCAAUGAGUUUCCAGUCGCCUUUACCUUGGGCGUUGUGUGAUGCCACGUGGUUAAACUGUGUGCCUUCAGGAGAAUCCGUCAAUAUGAGUUCUAUACAAGGCAAUCCAGUUAGCAGUGCAGAGUUGUAUUUCACGCAAACAGUCUUACGUCAGUCAAAUGGCAUCCAUGAUGGUAUUGGUGUUCCCUUAUGGGACUUGACCUUGUGCUUGCUGGCGUCUUGGAUAAUAAUCUUCGUAAUCGUCGCGAGAGGUGUUAAAAGUUCAGGCAAAGCUUCUUACUUCCUCGCUCUCUUUCCUUACGUUGUUAUGAUCAUUUUACUCAUCCGUUCUGUUACUCUGCCCGGAGCUGCUAAUGGAAUUCUAUUCUUCGUGACACCGGAUUGGAAGAAGAUCCUAGAGAUCAGGGUUUGGUAUGCAGCCGUAACACAAGUUUUCUUCUCAUUGUCAGUGUGUUCGGGGGCGUUGAUUAUGUUUUCGUCUUACAAUGGCUUCAGACAAAAUGUUUACAGAGAUUCCAUGAUCGUGACCACUUUAGAUACGUUCACAAGUCUCAUAUCGGGUAUCACAAUAUUUGGAGUGCUGGGUAACUUGGCGUAUGAAUUAAACUACGACGACGUAGGCCAGGUCAUCGGUGCAGGAGGUACCAGCCUUGCGUUUAUAUCUUACCCGGACGCUAUAGCUAAGUCUCCAGUUGUGCCUCAGCUGUUCGCGGUUCUUUUCUUUCUCAUGAUGGCGGUAUUGGGAGUGGGGUCCGGCGUCGCUCUAUUGUCCACUGUCAAUACAGUGCUAUUAGACGCCUUCCCCCGAAUACCGACAUUAUACAUGGCUGCUAUGAGUUGCACCGUGGGUUUCCUCAUUGGACUUGUUUACGUCACACCGGGUGGUCAGUAUGUAUUAGAGUUGGUGGAUCACUACGGAGGGACAUUCAUGAGACUGUUCGCAGCUAUCAUUGAGACCAUUGGCGUAUUUUGGAUUUACGGAUUGGAAAACUUAUGUACAGACAUAGAAUUUAUGUUGGGAUUGAAAACAUCGUUCUACUGGCGUAUUUGCUGGUCAAUAGUGACGCCAUGUAUUAUGAUAGGCGUGUUCUUCUACGCACUGGUCACUACAGGCACUCUAACGUUCGGAGAGGAUUACUACUAUCCCCAACCAGCUUACAUUGCUGGAGAUCUUAUGCAAUACCUAGGAAUAGCGUUAAUUCCUCUCUUCAUGGCACACGCUUUAUGGAAAUAUAGAUCUAAAAAUGUAAUUCAGACUGUUAAAACAGCUUUUGGUAAAAAGCCUACUUACGGUCCCCGGGAACCCGAGUUGUUUGAAGAAUGGAAACAAUUCCGUCGUGAAGUUAAAAACGAGAGAAAGCAAAUGAGAAAGAAUUGGUUCCACCAUAUAGCGCUCUCUUUAACCGGCGGCUACAGGAGAGGAAAGCCAAAGCCAAAGUUAUAAACCACACUAAAUCAAUUAUAUGUUAAUAUUAUUUUAUGAAUAAGUGUAAUUAAUAAAAUAAUUAAUGAUAUUGCUUUAAAACUA